AUGGGCUAUUUUCGCGUCCGCCGCCUCUUCCUCCUCCUCCAUCUCCUCCUUCUCCUCCUCCUCCUCCUUUUCUGUACUCUUGUCUGGAGAUGCGAGGCCUAUUGCGCUGCCGGUGGCAUUCCGUCGGCCAACGUCGAUAUCGACGGUCACGGCAACGGCAACGGCAACGGCAACGGCGACAACGACGCCACCGGCUCGAAGACGGUCGAUCUCAGUUUGUGGGACUACGGACUGUUGGCCAACGAGACGGUGAUCGCAACGGUCUCCGCGCGCCGCUACACCCACAUUCAAGGGACCAGCUACUUCGGCUACUCGGUGGCCAGUCUGGAGAGUCAAUCGGGCUCUUUUUGUCUGGUCGGAGCACCGCAGACUGUCGAUGAAGGCGCCGCCUUCCUUGACGACGCGAAGACGCCAAAAGAGGCUCGUGUUGCGCCCACCGGCGCUGUCUAUCGCAUCGACUUGAGCCCAGAGCUGGCGGACUGUUCGAGAGUGCCGAUUGCGACGACUGACGAAGAACGCCGCGAACGAGCAAGCCCCAAUCCUGGCGGUUAG